AUGGAUAUGCAAUCCAGAAUCUACUUUUGUCCCUCCGCUGGUAGCGGUGCUGUGCUAAUCACCAACUACACAGUUCGAAGCAGUACGUUUACUUACCUACACAGCCACCUGACAAGCAAGAUGAGAUGGUUCAUCCUCAUCCUCAGCCUCGUGCUUGACGGGGCCUGUUUGGUCGAUAGUCUCCUACCCACGAGGGCGUCGUUCGCAGGCGCCACCGACGACGUUGUUCCUCGUCUCCAGCACUUCACACCAGGACCGACCACGCCUCCUAAAGUGCCAGCGGCAUUGGGACAUGGCAUGCUUCGACGACAAGAUGCACCACCUCCAGACAUGGACAGUGCCGUCUGCGGCUACGUGGACGGGAACUCGUCGAUCCCCCUGGGAUGUCCCAAUGGGUAUUGCGCCCUGGACACCAACCUCCUCGUCAUGGGCUGCUGCGCGGACUUCGACGUCGACGCCGACAACAGCGCAACGCCCGACGGCUGCACGUUCCAGAGCGCCUGUGUCGACUUGUCCGGGUAUCAAGAGUAUUGUUCGGACUCGGAUGCGUCGUCCGAGUGCCAGAGUGACACGAUGCUGGAACUGUGCACCGACCCCGACGCACCAUACUGCCGCACCUACGAGAUGGGCGAAUACGUCGCCUACGACUGCUUCACCGAGCCGGGCCAGUCGCACGCGGUGGACGCCACAGCCACGGACGACAGCACGGGCGAUUAUUCCGACGGCAGCGGUGCGAGCACGUCCGGGUCAGAGAUGGGACUUCCUCCACCGUGGACCACGGACGUAGCACAGCCGCCGCCGGGGUCGUCCGGCGUGCUCGUGUCCAUCGUCGCGAUCGCGCCGUCGUCCUUCCUCGAACCGCACUCUGACCCGUCCCUUUCUUCUGCGACUGCGACGGGGGCGGAGGGUGAGGCUGGUCAGGAGCAAUCGGCCGUGACGCCUGCGACGGCCAGCGCAUCCCCUGGCAGCGCGGCGUCAAAGAGUUCGGCGGCCGGGAGGACCGGAUUGUGCCGUGCUUCCGGACUGGGGUUGUUGUGGGAGGGUUGCGCAGGGUUGGUCCUGGCGUGGUGGAUGGGCCUGGGCCUGGGUUUGAUCUACAUCUUGCAUGGAGGGAUGAGCUAG